AUGGUGAAAAAGAUUAACGAGUCCACUAGGCAGGGCGCAUCGACUCCGGCGCCUACCAUUCCGGGCAGGCGCUCACAGAGAGUGGCAAAUAGAGCGACAGGAGGGUCGGCAGCCCCUUCUCAGCCUACAGCCGCUGCAAGUACUGCGGCUACGAUCCCUGCGGCUGUGAAUACUACCGCUACGCCUACAACAGCUAUAACUGCUACUGCCACAAACACUACCGUUACAGCUGCUAUCGCUGCGCCUGCUACCGCUGCUACUACUGCCGCUACAGGACCCGCUGCCACCGAUAACAGCGUUACAGCUACUAACAUACUAUCCACGGAGCAGACCGAGACGAGCCAGCCAGGCCCUCAAGCCACGAAGGCGGUACACACACAAGCAACUCCCGAUGUUGAGACUGCCCAGCAUCAAUCUGGCAGUGAUCUGACCCCUAAUACAGAUGCGCAGCAGACCGCCACGCAGUCACAAGCUGCGACCGGAAAUGCGGAAACAGCAGCGAAUGCCAGCUCUACAGUAAUUCAACCAGCAGCCCAGGAUGCUGGCGCGCGCAUUGUGCGCGUAACAGCUUUUGGGAAACCAACAUUCCCACAGGAGGCAAGAGUACCGGAUCUUGAACCCAGUUUGAGAAUGAUUCCGAAGGGUGCGGUUAGGCAAGAACUAUCAUUUGAACCCGCUCCGAACACAUUUACCAGAGCACGCCACAGGGAAUACAUCAAAGCCUUCCAAACCGACCCGAAAAACUUCGGAGCCAUUGGAGAAGCCAUGCAGAUGUCCGCCGCGGAAAGCAGAAACUACUAUUAUGCCACAAAAUGGACAGCCGCGCCUACUUCAUACAAAAAGCCGAGUAAGGCCGCUGGUAAGAGCGAGAAGAAAGCUGCGAAACAAGCCGGAAAGCAAACGAGAAAAGCAGCUAAAAGUAAGGCCGCGGAAGAAGCGGGAGAGGAGCCAGGAGAUGACUCGGAACCGGAGUCUGAAGACGAACCCGAAGCAGUAGUGGAAGAGGUAGACGUGCAUCUGCCCCCGUAUGAGCUUACAUCAGAAGAGUUCGAGACGUACAAUAAACUCUUUCCGCCGCCAACGCCUCCGCCAGCAAAUGUACUGGCUGAAGCGAUCAGUAGCCCACCAGCUCCGUCACGGAACGAGCUUACAGCAGAAGAACUAAAGAAGCUUAAACCAAAAGAGCGAGAGGCUUACAAUAAAGCGCUAGAGAAGGACAACAUAGAGCUAGAGAAGUAUAAUAAACACGACCCGCUGCUAACGCCUCCGCCAGCAAAGUUACUGGCCAAAGCAAUCAGUAGCUUACCGGCUCUGCCUGUUGUGGAGGAAGAAGCGGCGAACUCGGCAGGUCCUUCCCCAGAUACCGCAAAGGCUACAAAGAGCAAACCGAAGGGCGCCGGGCCCCAGGUGCCUAAGCAGACUGACUCAAGUGGUAAUGGAACUGACGAUGAGUCUGGGGAGGACUCGGACGAUGAUGAACCGCCAGGGGGAUCGAAAGUGCGCGAUCAAGAGAGCGCCAAGAGUCCUCCGAAGGCCGCCGGAUCUCCGCCUGCGCCGCCAAGAAGUGAUCGAUCGACGUCGACGACCAACACUGAAGAUUUGUACAAGAUGCCCUCUCCGAGACCAUCGCAGCAGACAGCGCCCGCUGCUUCGAAAGAAGCAUCUACGGAUAAUACGAAGCCGUCUGGCGGUUCACAGUCGCAGAACAAGAGGAGUUCCAAGAGCCCCCCGAAGGCCGACGCAUCUCGCGCUCCUCCCGGUUACAAGCCGACCAAUGAAAACGCCACCGAGAGCGAUGAUGAGUCAAGAGAUUCCUCAGGCAAUGCGAAGUCUUCUGGGAGUGCAAGCGCUGGUAAGCGGAAGAGGGACCUAAGCAAGUCGGAUGCAACGGAAUCUCGUCCUGCCAAGAAGACCAGAACAGCUGAUACCAAGACCAAUGAUGACACAAAAGGCCCAAAGAGGAAAUCAACGAAGAAAUCAACGAAGAAACCAACGCAAAGGGACAACCGCUUUGACGAAGAGGAUCCUAGCCUGACGCGACUAACAGUGGAGGAUGAACCACUCACAACCGAUUGGAGCCCUGCCGUUGUGGGCGGCAGGUUCUUGGAAGAUGGCACUGACCAGCUUGAAAAGCUGAAGGUAGUUUACGUUGACAAGAAAACACAGAAGAAAGUCCGGGCCGUCUAUACUAACGGCACACCGAAGGAUUGGAACGAUCAAGCUGUGAUCACACUAAUCAACAAAUGGCGGAGUCAACGGCAUCGCCGAGGGCCGGAAGAGACAAACCGACCGGCUCGAGACCCUUGGUCGGAUGGAGAGGUCGCACUCUUGCGGAGGAUUCAUGCAGAGAACCCAGGGAUAUCGCCGUCCGCUGCCUAUGCAAAGUUCAACGCAGAGUCAACUGGCUCUGACCGAUCACAGGACGCGGUCAAUACCAAGUGGUCUAAUCUUGUCAAAAAAGAUACAGCUAACAACGCACCUAGCACCGUCACAAAAGGGGCGCCUAGCAACAAGAGCGGGCUGAAACUUAGGCUCCCGAAUUUCAAGAGUCCAGCCGAGGAUCAGGAGGAAGAACAAGAAGAGAAAGAGAAGGAAGAGGAAGAUGAUGAUGAUAAUGUUGAAGGGGAAGAGGAGGAAGAAGAGAUCGCGGCUAACGAUGAGACUGAAGGCGAUACUGAAGUUGAGCAGGGCCACAAGACUGAAGAUGACGCCAACACUGAGAGUGGGUCUGAGAUCGAGACUGAAGAAGCUUCCGCAACCGAAAGUGAAUCGACGUCCGGGAGCGGCAAACGCAAACGUGGAGGCACACCUGAAGAUAUCCCCUCAGGAAAACGGCGCAAGUCGUAG